UGAGGGGAAAGAGAGCAGGGGAACCGCACCAAGAGGUGGGAUGAAGGUGUUUUACUUCAGUCAUAUACUGAAUUUUCGCCAAUGUCAAAUAUGAAAAUUAUAAGAUAUAUCUCUAUGUGCGAGUGCUUAACUAGAUAACGGUAGCACUUCUUGUAUUGAAAUACAUGGUAGUUCACCACGGACCAUAGAAUAUGUAGUAAAUAUCGUCUUCAUUGCGUAACGAGAAACAUUUACAGCUUGAACAUUAGUAUAUCUACGAAAACGCAAGCUAAAACAUUCGGAUUGUAAUGAUUUUUGUUAAAAGGAGGUAGCACUGGAGAACUGGACCUCCUUUCAUCUUCGAUGUCAAGGCUUUGGGUUCGCAAGCAUUGCGUAUUUUACAGCGGUAACCUCUAGCCUUCUAAGGCGCACAGACUCGAUGUCUGUACGUCGGUUCACGGUGGUACCGGGCAUGGCUGGCGGAACCGUGCCGCCUGUACAGGACCCGCCCGGGGCUGACGAGCCGAGCAGGGAGCUGUUCGAGGCCUGUCGGAACGGAGACCUGGAGCGGGUGAAGAAGCUACUCAACGCGGAAAAUGUCAACAGCAGAGACACUGCGGGUAGAAAAUCGUCUCCUCUUCAUUUUGCCGCUGGGUUUGGCCGUGGAGACGUGGUGUCUCACCUGCUGCAGCGCGGGGCUAACGUGCACGAGCGGGACGACGGCGGCCUAGUGUGUCUUCACAACGCCUGCUCGUUUGGCCACGCUGAAGUCGUACGCCUGCUUCUUCUCCACGGGGCAGAUGCCAACUCUCGGGACAACUGGAACUACACCCCUCUUCACGAGGCCGCUAUCAAGGGCAAAAUCGAUGUCUGCGUCGCAUUGCUGCAGCAUGGUGCUGAGCCAAGCAUCCGCAACACCGACGGCAGGACGGCGCUGGACCUGGCCGAAGCCACGACUAGGGCAGUGCUGACCGGGGAGUACAGAAAAGAUGAACUUCUCGAGAGUGCAAGGAUCGGAAAUGAUGAGAAACUGAUGAACCUCCUCACUCCCAUAAACGUGAACUCCCACGCCAGUGAUGGAAGGAAGUCGACCCCUCUGCAUCUGGCUGCAGGCUACAAUCGGGUGAAGACAGUGCAGCUGUUGUUACAGCACGGAGCUGACGUCCAUGCUAAAGACAAAGGUGACCUUGUGCCUCUCCAUAAUGCCUGCUCAUAUGGCCAUUAUGAAGUGACUGAAUUGCUUCUAAAGCAUGGAGCCUGUGUAAACGCGACGGACAUGUGGCAGUUCACCCCACUGCACGAAGCUGCAUCUAAGAACCGUGUGGAGGUCUGCUCCCUCUUGCUGAGCCACGGGGCUGACCCCACCCUCCCGAACUGCCACAACAAGAGCGCCAUAGACUUGGCCCCCACUCUCCUACUGAAAGAGCGCCUGGCCUAUGAGUUUCGAGGACACGCUUUGCUGCAGGCAGCCCAUGAGGCAGACCCUGUCCGUGUUAAAAAGCACCUCUCUCUGGAGACCAUCCACUUUCAAAACCCCAAGACCCAUGAGACAGCCCUGCACUGUGUCUCUGCAUGCCCCUAUCCCAAGAGGAAGCAAGUGUGUGAGAUUUUGCUGAAGAAAGGAGCCAACGUGAACAAGAAGACAAAAGACCUCCUGACACCCCUGCACAUAGCUGCUGAGAGGUCCCACAACGAUGUCAUCGAGGUGCUUGUGAAGCAUGAGGCCAAAGUGAAUGCCGUGGACAGCCAGGGACAGACACCGCUGCACCGCGCUGCCCAGCGGGGUCACCUGCAGAGCUGCAGGCUGCUCAGGCGUGCUGGCGGUGACCCACUCAUUGCCGUGCUGCAGGGCUUAUUGCCCACACAGCUCGCCAGUGAGAGCCUGCAGGACAUCCUGCAGGAAGGAGUGCUAAUGGGAAACUUGGAGACAGACAGGCAGCUCCUAGAGGCAUCCAAGUCAGGAGAUCUGGAGACUGUAAAGAAGCUCUGUACGCUCCAGAAUGUAAACUGCAGUGAUGUGGAGGGCCGGCGGUCCACACCGCUCCACUUUGCAGCGGGCUACAACCGUGUGGCUGUGGUGGAGUACCUACUCGAGCACGGGGCGGAUGUGCAUGCUAAAGACAAAGGAGGCUUGGUUCCACUGCAUAACGCCUGCUCUUACGGCCACUACGAAGUAGCUGAGCUUCUGGUUAUCCAUGGUGCAGUGAUCAACGUUGCUGACCUGUGGAAGUUCACCCCACUGCAUGAGGCAGCUGCCAAGGGCAAGUACGAGAUUUGCAAGCUGCUGCUUCAGCAUGGCGCAGACCCCACCAAAAAGAACCGCGAUGGCAAUACUCCGCUCGAUCUGGUUAAGCAAGGGGACACGGACGUCCAGGACCUGCUAAGGGGUGAUGCUGCGCUGCUGGACGCUGCCAAGAAGGGCUGCCUUGCCCGCAUCAAAAAGCUCUGCAGCCCACGCAAUGUGAAUUGCAGGGACACGCAGGGGCGUCAUUCCACGCCGCUGCACCUGGCAGCAGGCUAUAAUAACCUGGAGGUGGCUGAGUACUUACUGCAGCAUGGAGCUGAGGUGAAUUCGCAGGACAAAGGGGGGCUCAUUCCUCUACACAAUGCUGCCUCAUAUGGGGCCAGGAAAUGGAAUGCGAGAGCAAGCCGUGUGUCUCAUUGGCAGCAUGUGGAUGUGGCCGCGUUGCUCAUCAAGUACAACGCGUGCAUCAACGCCAACGACAAGUGGGCAUUCACCCCGCUGCACGAGGCUGCGCAGAAGGGGAGGACGCAGUUGUGUGCUCUGCUGCUGGCGCACGGCGCCGACCCCACGAUCCACAAUCAGGAAGGCCAGUCACCGCUGGACCUCGUCACGGCUGAUGAUGUCCGUGCCUUGCUGACCGCAGCCAUGCCCCCAUCUGCGCUACCAGCGUGUUACAAACCGCAGCUCAUCAGCAUCUCAUCCUCCAGUGGUGUAGUGUCUUCUGCCCUCUCCUCCAGCUCCACAACCCGCUCAUCCACUUCCAGCUUAGAUAUGCAUACUGGGGUCUUCCCUGAGCUCCUUGGGCCUUCAGGGGCUGAGGGUGCCAUAGAGGUGGAGAAGACUGAAGAGGGAAUGGGUGUAGACCUAAGUAUUACUCAGUUCCUUCAUAAACUUGGUCUGAAACAUCUUCUGGAGAUCUUUGACAGGGAACAGAUAACUCUGGACGUGCUUGUGGAAAUGGGGCACAAAGAACUGAAGGAGAUUGGCAUCAAUGCCUAUGGCCACAGGCACAAGAUAAUCAAAGGGGUAGAAAGACUCAUUAGUGGACCUCAGAGUUUGAAUCCAUACUUGACUCUGAACACAACCAACAGUGGAACUAUAUUCAUUGAUUUGGCCUCAGAUGACAAGGAAUUUCAGUCUGUUGAAGAGGAGAUGCAAAGUACAAUAAGAGAACAUAGAGAUGGUGGCCAUGCAGGGGGAAUUUUCAACAGAUAUAACAUCUUGAAGAUCCAGAAGGUAUGUAAUAAGAAGCUAUGGGAGAGAUACACCCACCGCAGGAAGGAGGUGUCUGAGGAGAACCACAACCACCCCAAUGAGCGCAUGCUCUUCCAUGGUUCACCGUUCGUGAACGCCAUCAUCCACAAAGGCUUUGACGAGAGGCAUGCCUAUAUUGGAGGAAUGUUUGGGGCUGGAAUCUACUUUGCUGAGAACUCCUCCAAGAGCAACCAGUAUGUGUAUGGCAUAGGAGGAGGCACUGGGUGCCCUCUUCACAAGGACAGGUCAUGCUACAUGUGCCAGAGGCACCUGCUGUUCUGCCGUGUGACUCUGGGAAAGUCCUUCCUGCAGUUCAGCGCCAUGAAGAUGGCCCACUCCCCACCGGGCCACCACUCAGUGUCCGGGAGGCCCAGUGUAAACGGCCUUGCUCUGGCCGAGUACGUCAUUUACAGAGGAGAGCAGGCUUAUCCAGAGUACUUGAUCACCUACCAGAUUAUCAGGCCAGCUGGGAAUUCUGAUUAAGGCCUUGACUCUUCAUUUCCUGUAUGGAGACUGUUCUACCUACUGCAUGAACAUAUUAUUCAUACCCUAUGUAAAAAUGGUUUUGUUUCAUUGUUCUUAACACAACUUCUAACAGUUCCACAGUAUGUAUCACUUUGCAAUUUUCUCAGAUUGUGCACUGUUAAAGCUGUCCUUUCGUAAUGGCUGGUUAGAAAAGAUACUAACAUUUGCUAACACUGUAAACAACAGAUUUCGAGGAACUUUAUCAUUAAGGUGGCUUAUUUAUUUUAUGAAGACAGUAUUUUUUGUACUAGCAUGUUAAUUUAUUGACCUUUGUAUUAUAAGAGUUCUGUGUUUGGAAGAUGAAUUAAUAUAUAUGUAUUUUCUUCAAGUUUUCCAGGUGUAAUAUAGAGAUCCUUUUGGAGGUAAAGCAGACAAGUAUCAUUGCUAAAGCUGGAAAUAACUCAAUAUUGUGGCAAGCCAAAUGUUCUUGGCACCACUUUUCCAGAUCAAUGGUGUUACUGUCCAUGACAAACUGUUAAUUGGAUUUCCUAUACAUUUAAAUAUUUAAAAGGAAAAAAUUCUAAAUCCUUCAAAACAAAUCAAACAGAGAUUACUGUUAUACCAAUAAACUGAUGAAGAACAGUUUAUAUAAGAACAGGGUAUAAUUGUCUUGAAUAUAAAAUGUCCUGAAAAUGGUGGUGAAUCUGUUCAACAGUAGCUGAGUUAGAAAUGCCAUAACAAGCAUUGCCACUUUCUUACUCUCGUUUUGUAAUGCCUGUGGUGCAUUUGUUCAUUUGUGCAUGGUAUUCCUCAUAAUGUCAUAUUGGAGAUGUGCUUCGUGCUACUUAAGUGUUCCUCUGCUGAACUGGAGAAGAUAUGGUGCUUUCUCCAUAUACUGCAGGGAGUAAAAAAUAAUGAAUUUA